GCGCUUUCCCGUUCCGAUCUCAAAAUGGCGGAGAGGCCGACAGCUAAGCUAAGCUAAGUGGCAAAGUUGGCAUUCACAAGAGCACCGAUUUAGAGACUGAACGUUAAGAUAAUCUCACGGUGCUAUUAUUCAACUAUGCUGAAUGUGAAUGUCGUUUUAAAACCUGUUCUGCGCUUAUCGGACAAUGCGUGAUUUGUAUCGAGACACUUGUUGUGAAACCUAGCUGAACAUUUGGCUAACGUUAGCUGCAUCUAUUUAUGGAAGUUCUGUGGGGAUGAGCUAACGUGGUGAUGGGCACGUCUGAUUGGUGAGUGAUAUUUGGGCCAGUGAACACUCGUGGAGCCUUGUCCCAACAGCUGAUUGACAGCAGUAUCUCCAGUUCACCUCCCUCUGCGUGGCACCCUUUUCGCCACCUCCGAGUCUCUGAACGAAGAACAGCACUGAGGGAUCAGACACCUCCCCACCACAUACUUCCCAGCCAGACUCUCCCAACACAUCACCUCACCCUCACCUCCCCAAGAGGGAGAGAACAGCAGCCGCCAUGGUGCUGUCACAGAGACAAAGAGAUGAACUAAACCGGGCUAUAGCCGACUAUCUCCGUUCCAAUGGAUACGAGGAGGCCUAUUCCACCUUCAAGAAAGAGGCAGAGAUAGAUAUGAAUGAAGAGGUAGAUAAAAAGUAUGCAGGGCUUUUGGAAAAGAAAUGGACCUCAGUCAUCAGAUUACAGAAGAAGGUGAUGGAGUUGGAGUCAAAGUUGAAUGAAGCGAAGGAGGAGAUGACACACGGAGGAUCUGUGGGUCAGAAAAGAGACCCCAAGGAGUGGAUCCCCCGUCCCCCGGAGAGAUACGCCCUGAGCGGGCACCGCGCUCCAGUCACGCGUGUCAUAUUCCACCCCGUCUUCUCUGUCAUGGUCACAGCCUCCGAGGAUGCUACCAUCAAGGUGUGGGACUAUGAGGCAGGGGACUUUGAGCGAACCCUGAAGGGCCACACAGACUCUGUGCAGGACAUCUCCUUCGACCAGACGGGAAAGCUGCUGGCUUCAUGUUCAGCUGACAUGAGCAUCAAAUUAUGGGACUUUCAAGGGUUCGAGUGCAUCCGAACAAUGCAUGGUCACGAUCACAAUGUGUCGUCUGUAGCCAUCAUGCCAAAUGGGGACCACAUAGUGUCUGCCUCCAGAGACAAAACCAUCAAGAUGUGGGAGGUGGCCACUGGUUACUGUGUGAAGACAUUUACAGGCCACAGAGAGUGGGUGAGGAUGGUGCGUCCCAACCAGGACGGCUCAUUGAUGGCCAGCUGCUCCAAUGACCAGACAGUGCGUGUCUGGGUGGUCGCCUCGAAGGAAUGUAAAGCUGAGUUGCGGGAGCAUGAACAUGUGGUAGAGUGUAUCGCCUGGGCCCCUGACAGUGCUCACCCCACCAUCUUGGAGGCCACAGGCUCAGAGAGCAAGAAGAGUGGAAAACCUGGCCCCUUCCUUCUCUCCGGGUCCAGAGAUAAAACAAUUAAGAUGUGGGACGUCAGCAUUGGCAUCUGCCUUAUGACUCUGGUGGGACAUGAUAACUGGGUGCGUGGGGUGUUGGUUCAUCCUGGAGGAAGAUUCAUAGUGAGCUGUGCUGAUGACAAAACCAUUAGGAUCUGGGACUACAAGAACAAACGCUGCAUGAAGACCCUGUGUGCCCAUGAACACUUUGUUACCUCUCUGGAUUUCCAUAAGACUGCUCCCUACGUGGUGACGGGCAGUGUCGAUCAGACAGUCAAAGUCUGGGAGUGCCGCUGAGACUGCCUCCAUCUCUUGCCCGGUCCUGCCCCCCACCCCCAACUCCAAAAGCACCCUACCCCACCCCUCUGCCCUCUUCCUUCUGUCCUGACACCCAGCCCAGCCCCUCACCUCUCGCACUCCAAACCAUAGUUGACCAUGGCGCUUUACCUUCUCCCUGUCCCCUCCCCUUGCUUCCCUCCUCCCCUACAUCGGUCCAGCCCUAUUAAGAUGACUAUUGUCCUUUUAUGUAAAUUAUUCUGGAUGUAGGGUACGCUUAAUAAAUGUCACGCAAUCUCUGACACAUAAACACACUCAAAAGAUAAGAAGUAUUCCUUGCAUGGUGAAUCAAACAAAAAAAUUGUAUACUGUUAAAUUUGCCGAAUUUGCAUACUGUUGUCAUGACUUCCUGUCGGGUCAAAGGGUAAAUAUCCUCGUGUGCUGGUGCAGGUGGAUUUCAGUUAACUGAUUGACUGCGCCCCUUGUUGAAGGGGUUUAGGCUUUGUUUUGUUUUGUUUUACUCCAUGCCUCCAUUGUUGUGGUCUGUCACUGCGUGGAUGGUGAUAGAGAAAGUGUGAGGAAAGUUAGCAUAAAAGAAACAGAAUGAGUGGAAGCUGUCCAGGAGAAGAUGAUUAAAAAAAAUUAAGCAGGAUGCAGCUCUCUAGUUGAAUCACACGAGGUUCUGCGGGCGGGUGCACGUGUACAUGUGUCUAUACAUAGUGUGUGUGUGUGUGUGUUUGUAUGUUAUGACAGGAGAAACUCUCCGCCGUCUCUGCUCUGAUGGUCAGAGGAGAGAGGAGGCAAAGCUUCUCACCCACUGUAUUCAUUCACACUACUUCAUCUCUUUUAACAAACUUGCUUUCUAGUAGACACUCACAGGACCUUAAUGAUCCCCAAGCUGCUGAGAGCACAGGCACACGCCCCAUAGCAAAAGUGUGUUUUACAGAGGGAAAAAGUCUGCUCACCUUUUUAUGAGGUUUGUUUGUUUGUGUGUGUGUAUGUCGGCCCAGAGAAUCGCCCAGUGCCCUCUUGCUCGCUAUCUCUGCCUUGUAAACCCAAUGAGGGCUCCCUCACACGGGAUUUUCAUUCUGCUUUCUGUGGUCUCACUGCUCUCUUUACACACACAUGCACAUACACUCACAAAUGCACAUACACGCACAGUAAAAAUUGUGUAUCAAUAUAUCUGGAUGUCAUUGUUUGCAACAUAAUGAAAUAAAAUUCUGUAAAUAUAA